UCCUUCCCCCUCUCCCCCUUGGCGCAUAGCUUCUAUUCUCCCUUCCUUAACCGGAUCUUAGCGCGCCCGCAACUAACCCUCGUUCUUCUAACACCUUGAUAGCACCCACCCUCUGAAGUUAUUGUCUAUUGCUGCGCAAGUCGUUCACGACGUCGCAGCGAUCGAAAGUGGCCUUGACUUCUUUGGUGUUGCAGUGCGCAACGCCGUCUAUCAUGCUAGACGAGCUGGAGAGCGCCUUCGACGAGCAUCCUUCAUUGGAUGCGUCGCUCGAGGACUUUGAGAGCAAUAGUAACGCUCGUCAAUCCCCCGUUUUCGGUCUGCCUUCCCAGCAUUCGGGCUUUCGCUCUGAGGAAUCGGAUGGGGAAGACGACGACCUCACGCCCAACGGAGAUCGCUGGUCGCCUCCGGGCUUACGCAGGUAUGACUAUGUACAAGGAAGUGGUUGGUAUCGCCAUCAGCCCUACGUGCGCAAUGCCGAUUACGACCGUUUCUGCCUUAAGCCCUCGGUCGGACUGAGCCCGUCGCAAUCGCGCGAGCCUAGCCCGCAGUAUGAGGAUGCGCUGGAGGCACCGACCGCAGGGAAACGCAGCCAGUCCGCAGAGACAGCUGACAUUACCAUCGCCGCCAAUGUUCCCCUGCCAGCCGACGCAGAGACCCCAGAAAAAGGUCGGUCGCCGAGCCCGGGACCCAAAGGCGCAAGAGCUAGCCCGGAUGGCGAGGGUCUGGACUUUGGGUCGGGGAACAACCUCAGCAAUUAUAUCCGGUUCGCUGUGCGCGCGGAGGUUCAGCACCGUGAGCCCUUUGUCGCAUUCUUUAGUUACUUGCGGUCCAAAUUCGAUAAGAUCACUAGCUCCAAAUCCAACGCAAUUCUUUCUGUAAUCGUUGCUUUCAUAUCGAUCGCGUUCAUGCGCGCCUUAUUCUUACCCAGCGUUCCCGAAGCGAUACCCGACCUGGUCAAGCUGUCAGGGUUUGCGCGCUCGUUCGAGCCCCUCAUCUACUAUUCGGAGAAUGGCGCACAUCAAAUAACCGCCUUGCAGGAGACAGGGGUGGCCGUCUGGGAUCUCGGAGAAUCGGUGCGCGGGACCAACAUGACCAGCGCGCCGAUCAUUGUCCGCCAACUGGAUGAACUCUCCGAGUCGCUCAAGUCGCUCUCUCUGGAGCUGGCGCGCUUCUUCUCUGAUGUCGAAGGGGACAUUGACUCUAUCCUACUCGCCAUGGACUGGGCCAAGCGUGAACUAGAGGCCUUAUCGUCGCAACCGCCUAGUACGUUGCCGUCGGUCGUCUUCGAUAACCUCCACGGGAUCUUUGCGCGACUGGGGGCGCUGGAGCGACUUAGCGCCACGAGUGGGGAAGGGUCCAGCACUGAAUUGACCAGCACCCCAACCACCUUUGGUAACUUCGUCACCGCGGUCUUCGGCCAAACCUCUGCCCAGCGCACGCGCACCACCCUCACUCGCACCUUUACCGAAAUGCUCUCCGUACUAGAAGAGGCGAUCAACAACGAACUGACGCACUCAACGGCGCUGUUCGCGCUCUUUGAAGCGAUCGACCGCCAGUUCCUGAAUCUUCAACGGACUGUCGUUCGCGAGUCGGACGUACAAGAGCGGGAGGAGGGCGAGAUGCUGGAGUCGCUGUGGACUCGGCUCGUGGGAGCCAAUGCUGCUGCGGUUCGCAAAUACGAGAAGAACAAGCGGCUGCUCGCCAAUGUCCGUAGUCGCACUGUCACUAACAAGCACCUAUUGGUGGACCACCGCGGCCGUCUACUAACCCUCAAGGUCAAUCUGGAAACUCUGCGGCGCAAACUUGUCAGCCCGCUAGUUCGACGCAACGACUCGGUGAGCUUCACGGGCAUGGAGUCCAGUAGUCGUAGCAACGGUCGCAUGUUGGGCCAUGUUGAGGCUGCGAUCGACGGGCAAAUCCGCGGACUCGAAGGCAGCUAUGAUUACCUCAAAUCUGUUCGAGACAAACAGAAAGCCAAGACCCUGGAGUUCUACUACGGAUUUGGGCGGCGAUUGCCGCAGAAUCCAGUCUUGGCCGACGGAUCGGACGAUCUGGGAACGGACGCAAUUGACGGGGUGUGAUGAAAUAGAGUCGAGAGAUCUUGCAUGCAUAGGCAGGCGUUCCUUGUCUUUCUGCUCCUUCUUUUGUCUCUGCACCUGCAUCACGUGGACAUGGCGUUGUCGAUCUGAUCCAUUCGGAACCAUUGGUCUUGUGUGCUGUGCACAUGGUGGGCGUUCAUCUACAGGUCCCCUUUCUUCGGUUACUUACAUCUCGCUUCUCUCUCCUCGCAUCGCUCUAGCUAGCUGGCGUACACUGGCGUCCAUUGCGCUACAGAUUCUCAUUG